AUGGCACCGCCGAUCACACAACCGCCCGACAGCGAGGUACUAGAUCCCACGACCGAGGAGUUCUACGCGUCAUGGGGCCUUUGUAUCCUCUGCGUGCUACUUAUCGGCGCACUUUGCACGUCUUAUUACCUACAACUUAAGCGGAUUCGGGCUAUCCAUGAGACGGUCAUUUCCAUCUUUGCGGGGAUGGUUGUGGGCCUCAUCAUUCGGAUGGCGCCGGGGCAUCUUAUUCGCGAUAUGUUGACGUUCAAACACACACUAUUCUUCAACCUCCUCCUUCCUCCCAUCAUCCUCAACUCGGGCUACGAGCUCAAGCAAGAAAACUUCUUCCGCAACUUUGGCGUCAUCCUCACAUUUGCAUUCUUAGGAACCUUCAUCUCAGCCGUGGGCAUUGGAGUGAUCGUGUACAUCUGGUCCUUCCUUGGCAUCGAGCAUCUCAAGUUGAGCCUCCUCGAGUGCCUGAUCUUUGGCUCCACCCUCUCGGCGACCGACCCGGUUACCAUCUUGGCAAUCUUCAACACCGCCAAGGUUGACCCAAAGCUCUACUCGAUCAUCUUUGGUGAGAGCAUCCUCAACGACGCUGUGUCGAUCGUCAUGUACGAGACGCUCUCGCACUUCCACACCAAAGACAUCUACAUCUCGUCCCUCUUCCACGGAACCGGAAUCUUCCUGUUCUCGUUCUUGGGCUCUGUGUUCUUGGGCGUCUCCUUCGCUCUCGCAUGCUCCCUUGGUCUCAAGCACUCCCACCUUGCACACUACCCUCAAAUCGAGAGCUGCCUCGUGGCCCUCGUCGCCUACACCUCCUACUUCUUCUCCAACGGCCUCCACAUGAGCGGUAUCGUGUCGCUCCUCUUCUGCGGCAUCACACUCAAGCACUACGCGUACCACACCAUGUCCAAGCGCACACAACGGACGACCAAAUACAUGUUUGCUGUACUCGCCCAACUGUCCGAGAACUUCAUCUUCAUCUACCUCGGUCUCAACCUCUUUACGCAAGAGAUCCAGGUGUUCAAGCCCCUCUUCAUCCUCGUGUCGGCCAUUGCGGUCAUGGCCUCGCGUUACGCAGCCGUGUUCCCAUUGUCGGAGCUCAUCAACUGGUUCUUCCACACGCGUGGCCAGCGCCACGAAGAGCUGCCUCACUCGUACCAGAUGAUGCUCUUCUGGGCUGGUCUUCGCGGCGCGGUCGGCGUCGCUCUCGCCAACGGAUUAAAGGGCGAGAAUGCUGACGCGCUUCGCACGACUGUUCUGGUCGUCGUCGUCCUGACCGUCAUCGUCUUCGGCGGUACCACUGCGCGCAUGCUCGAAGUUCUCGGCAUUCGUGUCGGCGUCGAGGAUGAGGAUGCCAGCUCGGACGAGGAUGAGGGCUGGAUGCCCCACUCGGGCCAGCUGGCACUUCAGAUGGGUCCAGGCAACCGGCGCUAUGCGGGCGCGAACGGGCAAGGCCUGUACGGAGACGACGACAGCGUCGGGUUCGCCACUCCCCUCGACUCACCGUACCUCUCGACGACGCGACGCAGCGCAGCGCGGCUAUCUCUCCCAAGAGACGGCUCGCGCGCAGGGUUCUCUGUGUCCUCUGACGACAGCGAGGAGGAACCACUGCCGUCCGGUUAUCGUGACCGCGGCGACGUUGAGGCCGAUGCCGCCGGACCCUCACAACAGGGCAUGGUGUUCCGUGACGGGCAGUGGUUCACCAACCUCGAUGAGAGGUAUCUCCUGCCGCUGUUCUCGAACUCAGUCACUGCUCGCCGGCAUCACGCCAAGAAGGCGCGCAAGCAAGCAAGUUUGCGUGGCGGUAGCGAAUCCGCGUCUGGGACACCAAGAGGCGACAACUCUGUGGAGCUCUCUCGUGUCGAUGAUGACUACUUUGCCGCCGACACCGAGAGCGAGAACGGCAAGGUCAAGGCCCCUGCGCCAGGGCGUCCCUUCGGUGGGUCCGUGACGGACCUGUUCUAUGCGCGUGCCGAGACUGGAGAAUCGAGUCGCACGCCACCUGGAAGUGAUGGACGUGGAUCAGGGAGGGACAGCAGUGUGGACAGGAGACAGGGAAGUUAG